UGAUAGAGAGAGAGAGAGAGGGAGAGAGAGAGUGAGCAGUGUCUGAAAUCUUGAAAAGUUGCUUCACGUUCACACUUCACCUUCAAUAAUAAUUCAAUAUAUAGUUGAGAGAAUUGAAGUGCGCUUUUUAAAAAAAGAAAACAACAUAUAUAACAAUUGAGUGAAGAUCGACAUACAUGGGAGUGGAAAUGGAGGAUAAUAAGCAUGGAAGAGAAUCUCCGGCGGCGAAGGCGGCGGAGAAAACCACAGUAAUGAACGGCGGCCAUGAACAUGAUGAGUCGUCUACGGUUGAAGAACCGGUGCCCAAGUACAGAGGAAUCAAAGCCAUGCCCUUCAUUAUAGGGAACGAGACGUUCGAAAAACUGGGAGCAAUAGGCACGCUGUCCAACCUGUUAGUGUACCUCACGACAGUGUUCAACUUGAAGCACAUAACGGCGGCGAAUCUUCUCAAUGUCUUCAAUGGAACCACUAACUUUGCCACCAUCCUCGGCGCUUUUAUUUGUGACACUUACUUAGGCCGCUACAAAACCUUGGGAAUCUCCACCAUCAAUUCUUUCCUGGGAUUACUGAUGAUAGCAUUGACAGCAGCAGUGAAGAGUCUGCACCCUCCGCGGUGCACCAAAGGCGGGGACUGCGUGGACCCCAAUCGGGGCCAGAUGGGGUUUCUCCUGUGCGGUUUCGCGAUGCUAACGGUGGGAGCCGCCGGAAUCCGGCCGUGCAACUUAGCGUUCGGGGCGGACCAGUUCAACCCGAAUACAGAAUCAGGGAAGAGGGGCAUUAACAGCUUCUUCAACUGGUACUUCUUUACCUUAACUUUCGCGCAGAUGAUGUCGGUGACGCUGGUGGUUUACAUUCAAUCCGAGGUUAGUUGGCCCAUCGGACUGGGGAUUCCGGCGCUGUUCAUGCUGAUUUCAUGUGCCGUGUUCUUCGUCGGCGAUAGAAUAUAUGUUAAGGUGAAGCCCGAAGGUAGCCCCUUCACUAGUAUAGUCCAAGUUCUAGUGGUUGCUGCUAAGAAGAGGAACUUGAAAUUACCACAACACCCUUCCCUCUCUCUCUUCAAUUACAUCCCCACCAAGUCCAUCAAUUCCAAGCUUCCUUAUACAAACCAAUUCAGAUUUCUUGACAAGGCUGCAAUAAGGACAGAAGAAGACAAAGUGGGAGAAGAUGGAUCAUCAGUUUAUCCAUGGAAGCUGUGCAGUCUGCAACAAGUGGAACAGACGAAAUGUGUGUUUAAAGUGAUCCCAAUCUGGGCAGCCGCCAUAGUGUACCAUGUUGCCAUUUUAGAACAGCAACAAUAUGUUGUGUUCCAAGCCCUGCAAUCCGACAGGCACCUAGGAUCCUCCAACUUCCAAAUUCCGGCCGCCACCUACACCAUUUUCUCAAUGCUAAGUCUCACUCUCUUCGUCCCGUUCUACGACCGAAUCAUCGUCCCGUUCCUGAGACGAUACACGCGGAAAGAGGAAGGCAUCACUCUUCUGCAGCGGAUGGGGAUCGGCAUUUUCCUCACCGUGCUGGCGUCCUUCGUCUCCGCCUUUGUGGAGGAGCGCCGCAGGGGCGUCGCCCUGAGCAGGCCGAUGCCCGGGGUGACGUCCAAAGGCGCCGCUGUUUCUUCCAUGUCGGCCCUCUGGUUGGUCCCCCAACUCGCCCUGGCCGGCCUGGCCGAGGCAUUCACCGCCAUCGGACAGGUGGAGUUUUACUACAAACAGUUCCCGGAGAACAUGAGAAGCGUCGCCGGGUCCUUUUACUUCUUGGGGAUGGGGGCCUCUAGCUAUCUCAACAGCUUCUUGAUCUCCAUUGUACAUAAAACCACAGAAAAUGCCAAAACUGGAAACUGGUUGCCUGAAGAUCUGAACAAGGGAAGAUUAGACUACUUCUAUUUCCUCAUCACAGGCCUGGGAAUCUUAAAUGUUGUGUACUUCCUAGUAUGUUCCAGGUGGUAUGAGUACAAGGAUGGAACUGAAGGAGCCAUUAAAGAUACUGAAAUGGAACCAAAGAAUCUUGAAAACAAACAUGCAGUUUAAGGUGGACAGUAUCACAGUACAGCCAUGAAUUUUUCCUGUUGGAAUAUUCUGGUAUCAAUUCAAAACAAGGAUCUCUUAUUAGGAAUCAUCAACAAGAUUCCUUCCUUAACCAGUAAGUGACUUUGCUAGAAUAGAAUUAACUAUCCUAUGUAAAUUCUAUUCUAACAAAAUCACUUAUUGGCCAAGAAUGGAAUCUUUAUGAUAUGAUUCCUAAUAUGUGCAUGGUCACCCUGUAUUACUAAUGAACAUUUUAUAAGAAAAUGGCGUAUUUAUUCCUGAGUAGUA